UGCGCACAGCUCCAUAUGGCUCCAAGAUGGCUGACACAGCGUCCGGGGGCUCCGGCACGAGGGCGGGCAGCAAGCAGGCGGGCACCCCCGCAGACAAUUACCAGCUGGCGCGGCGCCGCACGCUGCAGGUGGUGGUGAGCUCGCUGCUGACCGAGGCCGGCUUCGAGAGCGCCGAGAAGGCGGCGGUGGAGACGCUCACCGAGAUGAUCCAGAGCUAUAUUUCAGAAAUUGGGAGGAGUGCCAAGUCCUACUGCGAGCACACAGCCAGGACCCAGCCCACGCUCUCAGACAUCGUGGUGACCCUGGUGGAGAUGGGCUUCAACGUGGAAACUCUUCCCGCCUACGCCAAGCGUUCCCAGAGGAUGGUGAUCACUGCCCCUCCAGUGACAAACCAGCCAGUGACCCCGAAAGCCCUCACAGCUGGGCAGAACAAGCCUCACCCACCCCACAUUCCCGGCCAUUUCCCAGAGUUCCCAGAUCCUCACACCUACAUCAAGACCCCAACGUACCGGGAGCCGGUGUCCGAUUACCAGGUGCUGCGGGAGAAGGCGGCCUCGCAGCGCAGGGACGUGGAGAGAGCCCUCACCCGCUUCAUGGCCAAGACUGGAGAGACCCAGAGCCUCUUCAAGGACGAUGUCAGCACAUUCCCACUGAUUGCUGCCAGGCCUUUCACUGUGCCCUACCUGACAGCUCUGCUCCCCUCCGAGCUGGAGAUGCAGCAGAUGGAGGAGACGGAUUCCUCGGAGCAGGACGAGCAGACGGACACCGAGAACCUCCCGCUGCACAUGAGCACGGAGGACGCAGGAGCCGAGAAGGAGAACACCUCAGUGCUGCAGCAGAGCAGCUCCCUGGCAGGCAGCAGGAACGGCGAGGAGAACGUCAUCGACAACCCCUACCUGCGGCCCGUGAAGAAACCCAAAAUCCGCAGGAAGAAGUGAGGGGGGACCCGAAAUCCCCCUGGGAAUUCCCGUGGGAUUCCGGCCAGGGCUCAGGAGGGGCAGCCCAGCUGAGGGGGGACCCGAAAUCCCCCUGGGAAUUCGCCUGGGAUUCCAGCCAGGGCUCAGGAGAGGCAGCCCAGCUGAGGGGGGACCCGAAAUCCCCCUGGGAAUUCCCGUGGGAUUCCGGCCAGGGCUCAGGAGAGGCAGCCCAGCUGAGGGGGGACCCGAAAUCCCCCUGGGAAUUCGCCUGGGAUUCCAGCCAGGGCUCAGGAGAGGCAGCCCAGCUGAGGGGGGACCCGAAAUUCCCCUGGGAAUUCCCGUGGGAUUCUGGCCAGGGCUCAGGAGGGGCAGCCCAGCUGAGCGGGGACCUCUCCGUGGUGAACUCCGCUCCCACCCUGGUCUCCCUCUGCUCGCUGCUCCAGGAAAUCCAGCUGGGAAUUCCCUGGGGGAAUUCGGCUCCCGCUGCGGGGAUUUAAUUUCUGAAGGGCUGAGGGACACGGGGCUCGGGGGGCUUGGAUUUGGAGAACCCAGGGACUGGAUUUGGAUUUGGAGAACCCAGGGACUGGAUUUGGGAUUGGAUUUGGAGGACCAAAGGGUUGGAUUUGGAUUUGGAGGACACAGGGAUUGGAUUUGGGUUUGGACUUGGAGAACCCAGGGACUGGAUCUGGAUUUGGAGGACACAGGGAUUGGAUUUUAAUUUGGGUUUGGAGAACCCAGGGACUGGAUUUGGGAUUGGAUUUGGAGGACCAAAGGGUUGGAUUUGGAUUUGGAGGACACAGGGAUUGGAUUUGGGUUUGGACUUGGAGAACCCAGGGACUGGAUCUGGA